CCUACAUGCUGCUACUUGAUCAGGGACAACUUGGACUACUGUUAUUAUACCUUCACAAUAUAUUUCUUCAUUGCUGAGUGUACUACUAUUCAUCAUCGAGGGUUAAAUAAGAAUAAAGUGGUUUAUGGUCGGUAGCUGAGUUGUCGUUUGUUACAGUCAAAAAUGCAAUAAUGGUGGAAUUUUGACGCGCAUCACACCAAUCCAAUUCGUGUGGUCGGAAAGCCGAAUCGCUUAAAACUCCGUGAAUAAGUUGAGUUGUGGAGUUCCAUGUGGUAAGCACUGGCGAAAUCCUCAUCUGUGCCUACGAUCACGACCUCGCUACAACUUGGUAAAUACCGACUAGCAACCGCUAGAAGAGGUUGUAGUCCGCCUGGCACGACGAGUUGCAACGUGCGGCAAGAGCGCGGCACGUCUCUCUCUCUAUAUCUCGAAGGCGCAGAUGAAGAAGAAGAAGUCCUCCCGGUAGCUAUUUCUUUUCCUGACAGAGCCGGCGUCUGCUUUUUUGGGAAGUCGUCUGGGAAAUCUGAACCUACUUCGUUAUCGAAUCGCAGCUGCGGCGGAGAAGUCGCUGCCCUGUGGAGCUGUGGAGGCCCUUUAGUUGACUGACUGACUGACUGACUGACUGAGCGGCUGACUGAAUAGAUUCACUACGCGACCGUCUUGACUGAGCAAUAGUUUCACUACACGACUGUUAUAAGUAGGUACAUCAAGAAGACGAGGAUCUUCACAAGAUGCCGGCAGAGGAGAUGAAGCUAGGUUCCACUAGCGAAACUGAGAUGCGGGCGCCAGGUGAUGCUCAGCCACUGCUAGAUUUCAAAAAAAGUUCAGAGAGGAUCGAUGUCCUAGGAGUCAACGUCAUCAACGACGAUUAUCUAGGUACAUUAAGUCAGAUUGACCUGAACCAAUUGAGUAUCAAUGCUUGAAUACCAAUGUUACCCAAUCAAGAACUCUAUAAGUAGGCACGCAUAAAUGUUGAAACUUUUAGAAUUAGAUUUUUUCUUGAAUCAAAAUAUAGGUGACAUGGUGUGGAUAUUUCCCAUCAAGAUGAGCGAGGAAGCCCGUAUGAGACAGAAGUGCGACGCGCAGACGGCGAGCGACUUACCAAAGUGCGAUGGCGUCAGUGUUAUGAUAGCAGCAGUCGGGAACUACAUCAAUAAAGAAAACUCAAAAAGAAUACUGCUCUCAUAAGUACUUCAAAUAAACGACCUAAAGUAAGCUCCAAGCCCAUCUAAUCCUACAGCGUGGGAGACCGUCUACAAAAAGGAUGAUUGCAUGAAUAUGGCAUCAGCGAUUUUCCAAGCAGACAGACCAAAAACAUUAUGCGUUGUCCCCGUAAUAUUAAGUUUUCAUGAUGAGUCCUUUCUCGGUAAAAAAAAAAGUAAAGGGAGACUAUCUCACUAAGAUAGUCUCCCUUUACUUCUGUAUGUCAUCUGGGCGUCCCUUUAGAAGCAAAACGGGUGAUGUCCCUGUGCGGGUGAUGUCGAUGUGGCUAAAAUUUCACAUCCAAUGACACUAUAAUUUCUCUCCAUAAUAUCAAGUAUUAAUCAAGAAGAGCAGUUAGGAACAAGUCUAAGUGGAUGAACCCAAACUACUUAACUCCAUAGAGGUAUACAUAGUCAGGAAGUCUAAGUGGAUGAACCUUUCCAAAAAUAAGAAACCCCUCUUCGUCUAACUUGAAAAUCCGAGGAGCUACCUACUUCCCGAGCGCGUCUGCAGGAAGACUUUUGGAAGGACAUGACCCGGCUCGAAUUUCAUGGAAAAGUGAUGGAAAGGUGUGCUGAUCUCCUAACCGGAAACCGCGUAUCGCUCAAGCUCAAUACCUGCUUGAGUAUCUAUUUUGCGAGUCACUUGUGCUUUUUGAAUAGUAGUUUUAAAGCUCAACUUUCAUUGGUCAUAGAGGUUGGCCACUGAAAUCGACGAGGGUUCUCUUGAGAGAACAGGGGAAAAGGAAGGGAGAGGGGAGAGCCUUGGAGGAGGUCUCUACCGUUCAGAGUCAGAGGCCAAUGAGUGCCGAGCUUUAAUAGUUGUCAGUGAGUUCUUCCUUGGUCUUUUUACGUGCGAUAAAAACCUAGUCAACAUCUUUUGAAAAUAAUACGAGGACAGGUGACAUGUUGCCUAGUAUCGUUGUUGUAGUUGUUCAUGUCGUUCCUCUAGUCACUGGCUUUUCAGAAUUUUUCAUAGUUAGUACUUGUUAUUCGAAUUAUACAUCCACUUCCACAUCGACUAGUAUACUGACAAAUUUAUAACAUAAAAACUUCACCAUGAUGUUCAGGUGCAGACCACGAUGAGGUGUUUUAUUGUUUCGGAACCGAGAAUCACUCCGAAAUAGUCAAGCUAAUCGCUAAUUCCGAAGGCUACAGGGCAGAGGUGAGAGGAAAUGCUUAUCCAGUUGCAACGUCCCGCGAUGCCUUAUGCUCACACAGAUUCAGCACUUCCUCAGGCCUUGAAGAUUUGGUAGCUUCAGCUCUCACGAUUGCAGCUUACAACCAGUAAAUUGUUCAUCUUAGUCUAGAAUUACAGCUAGUAUUAAGUUGAAUCUUUUGAUGAAGAAACCAGUAGAGCGGGUUUUUGUACCACUCAAGAACUACUUGUUUAUUCAGUACUAGAUCAUUUAAUUACUUAGAUUCUUCCUGUUUUUUUUUAAGGUUGAGGCUUAGGUCGUCCAGCGACGCUCAAAGCACAAAAGUAAAACAAGCGGCUAGCUUUCCCUCUCCCUCGUCACUUAUAGACUUAUGCCUUCAUGCGUUUCAUUUUAAGGGCUUCACUUACAGUUUGUUCUUACCAGCUGUACCUUUUCCAUUGACCACUUACCUUCUCCUUCUAAAGCUUGCAAACUCGGCAGGCCCAGACGGAAGAUUAGCCGUUCCUCAUAUCGACGACGGAGCUGGUGCGAGGCCUGCUCCGGGCUGGACCACAUACGAGAUGGAAAACGAGCACUUGUUUUGUGAUUUUCGAAGCGUCGACAAACUUCGAAUGAUCAAGCGAAGGAUAUCACAUUUUUACGGCAUGGAUGAGUUUGUGUUUGUCGGCUUUGAUUCUACCGUCAACAUGGUGAACGGCGAUAUGAGAAACAUAGAUGCUUGCACACGACAUAACAAGCAUGCGACAUAUUUUCUUGGAUCGGCUGGAAGGCGUGUAUUAUAGAAAUUGUAUUGAUGUAGUUUCACCUUGGAGAUUCAUAGUUUUUUAUUUCAACGAUAAGAAAGUCUGAUGAUCUCCUUCUUGAACGCCGUCUUCUAGUCCACUCAUCAUCAUCAUCAUCAUCAUCAUCAUCGUCAUCAUCAUCAUCGUCAUCAUUGUGGUGAGUGAUGGUCUACAUCUACUUCCCAGUCCACCUCCAUCAUCUCUACGCGACGGCUUUUCGUCUUCUAAUUCGUCAUUUCGCCUGUUGCUUUGGAACGAUAUGGUGUCAUUGUCAAGAGCUUUGUGGUGCACAAGUAUCGUGACGUCCAGGCUUUAGCUUCUCCCGAGGCAAAUUUUGGCAGGCCUAAUCAAUGGUGGAGGAUGCCAGCAUAUUAAGGCGAAUUCGUCACUAUCCCAUGUGGGCCAACUAAUAUACUGGGAGGAGGCUCCCUUGAGUUGCGCCGGGAAUUAUCUUUUCCUCCCUAAUUCAGUGUGUGCGUUUUUGAUUAGUCCAUCUAACUGCGAGGUAAGUGAAGUUAAAUAACCUACAAUCUAACUCAUACUCCAUUAUCUAGGGGGGAAAGUCUUUCUUGAUAAUGGGGAGCCGAACUGUCUAAGGGGAAAAAUCUCCCUUGAUUUAAGUGGGGAACUAUCUAAGAAGGAAAAUAUUCCUUGAUUUGCAUCGGGAAUUAUCUAAGGGGAAAAUCUCCCUUGAUUUAAGUGGGGAACUAUCUAAGAAGGAAAAUAUUCCUUGAUUUGCAUCUGGAACCAUCUAAGAGGAAAAAUCUUCCUUGAUUAAUAUGGGGAACUAUCAACCGCCACCUGCGCGGAUAGUGAGAAACAGUGAGAAACUACGUCUAAGCAUACCGAUUAGACCAAGCAAAAGACUACUUCGGGGAAGAGCUCGCCUUCUUUUUCCACUGGUUUCGCUUCUACACCGUACAGCUGAUCAUACCUGCGCUUGUUGUUAUGGUGCAUAUCAAAUCAUCUUGCAGUUGCAUAACUACAUACAAAUACAACUACAACAGCAUCUUCUGCUCCACCCCUUGAUAGAGCCUCCAAGAACAUAUAGACACAAUUACAAGUUAGUUGUGCAUCACCUUCACCAUCAGAUCCACUCCUAUGAUAAUAGUAGACCCCCCCUUUGUUCUAAGUAGAGGUGCCUAUUGCUGAGCAGACGGGCAAUGCUAGACCAUACACAGCAGAGGCUCGUACAGGAUUGCUUCUGCCUUUUUAUGUUAAGGAUGCAUGACAUUACUCCUAAGUACUUACUACUUCUACCAUACUCUUACUCAACCCUCGUCUUACGAUCAUAUAAGUACAUUACUACAACGAGUGUACAAAUAGCAACCGGUUCUCGUUGUGGAUAGAUGGCAGACUCGUAGAUGUAAGUAAGUCUUUAACUAGCAUCAAUAUCAAACGUGUAGUUUUUUCGGACCUUCUCUAAUGCCUGCACUCUGGGCCGCGCAAUUUUGUGAGAAUUACAAUCGUAGCGCCAUAGUGCAGGCUGCAUUGUGGGGUACCCGGAACUACGAUAACGUAGCGGCGAUUCGACCGGGCUAUCAGGAACAGGACGAGGCGGAUAGAAAAGCGACACGAUGGACGGUUCUGGGAGCAAGUAUCAUGUCAACAUUCCUUUAUGUUCGCUCAUCUUUCUCAUUUUUAUUUGAAAUAGAGACAAAAAAAUUUACUAAUGGGUGAGUAGAUACUCGCCUGCAUACUUAGAAAUUGUUCAAGAACGUCUGCAACAGUUUCAGUUUUUUAGAACAGACAAAGCGUCUCUACACUAACAACUACAACUACUAGUCUGUCGUGGUUGUACUUCUCAAUAUUUAUAAUAUCUCUGUACAAAUAGUCCUAGUCCUACUAGUCUGUUCGUUGUAGUCAAAAAUAUUUCUUCUAAUGCUGGGCACUUAUUAUUGGGGGAAUCGCCACCAUCCAGUCCGUUCGGUAUGUAAUGGUGCAUCACCCCACGGACAAUCCGAUCACAAGCACUAUCAUCUCUUUCACUGGAGAUGAGGCAACUGCUGUCAAAUUUAUGGUCUUCAGCUUAUUGAUUCAUCUUUCAGUCGAGUCGCAGGAUCUUCUCGGUAGUGUUUGCAUGAUAGAGAUAGAUGAAGAAUUAUACCACCAGUACCAGAAAAAUAAUAGAAUUAGUUGUACCGAAAACGAAAUCAUGAAUUCUGUAUCAUUGUCAACGAGGAGCUUAUUCAUCUAAUACACUAGGCGCAAAGAUUGGAGCUAUGAUGAUAACGAUGCAGGUGAAGUUUCUAGACAUCGUCUGGGGAAAAAUUGCGAAAGUCGUUACCGACCGAGAAAAUCACAAAACCGAAAGCAGGUUCUCUUUUUUCUCUGAGUAACUAAUAGCCGUGCAACUACAAUGGCUUCUAGGAGCUCGUAGCUGAUAGUAAUGCUGCUACUUUGGCUUAUGUUGGCUAGGACUAGCAACGUGUCCUUAGUACUAAGUUAGUAUAUAUUCAUAAUAUGUUGAAUAUCAUAAUCACAUUCACAACUAUUUCAUUUCCUUAUGUUUCUACAAACACAGUUUUUUCGUCAAAUUCAGGUAUCAGUCAUCGCUUGUCUUCAAAGUGGUGAUGGUCAAAUUUUUCAACGCGAUGUAUCCCUUUCUCUACGUCGCUUUCGCAAAGGAGUACAUAGAUUAUGGAGGGAAGUAGGUGUAUCGUGUCUUUUCAUCUUGAUUUCGUUUGUUGUACUAUUAUUUGGGUCCUUCUACUUCCCGUCGCCCUAAAGAACAAGUUGCAGCUAGUGAUCUAUCAUGUUGUAUCCAUUUUUGUAGGAACGAUUUACCAGUGAGAAAUUUGCGUUCUUUCCACCUUGUCUCAAAUUCAUCGAUGUAUUUUGGAAGAAUCACGACGCAAUGGAUAUACUAGUACGGAUACUUCAUUCGAUCAACAUAUUUCUCAUAGAACUAAAAGUUCUUCUAAGACAAGGGGUGCUCAGGACCUGCCGGAAGUUGUAUAUUUGCUCUCGAAACGUGUAUCACGACCUUUUUCGUUGUGCAUUUGGGCGUAACAUUUGCCUUGUUGACGAAGAGGAUAGUGACAGCCCGACUCGCGAUACGGCAGGAGAUGACCAAACCGGGUAAACUCGACAUAUUUUUGUUUUGAUAAAAAAAGCGUAAGCUUGGCUAACAAAAAUUCUAUGUCUAGGAUCAAGUAGGUUGUAGAGGACCUCCUGUUAACAAACGAUGUUAGAGUUAGUGACGUGGUCAACUAUACCUUCUCAAAGAAAUCAUGCAUCUUCAAGGGAUUCAUGAUCUUGUUCCUGUCCGUGGUUGAGAAUAACUUUUUUCCAAAUGGUUGUAUGUUGAGAAUAAUUUAUUUCCUUUUGUUUCCACUUCUCGCAGGUAUCGAUAGCGCGAAUUAUACGUAUUUGCAAGUCCAGGCGAAGACAGACGCUUUUUCGUCUGCGGCAAUGCUAGAUGACUACAUGGAGUUGACAGUCCAAUUUGCCAUGGUCACGUGUUAAGGCUCGAGAUUUAAUUCACCUUUGAGAUUGAGAUGAGCAUCCCUGAAAUAAAAUGUGACUGAGUAUUCUCGUCGGUGUACGGUUCAAGAAUGCAGCACAUCAAAGGUGAAUAUCGGACAGCCCUAAGCGUGCUUUUCGGUUGUCCUUCCCGCGCUCACAGUGUUGGCGCUCCUGUCGAAUAUGAUAGAGUUCCGCGUCAUCGCAUAUCGACAGCUAUUUUUAUGGGCCUCAGGGUGAAGAACGACUCAUUGAAACUGAACACAUUUUUGUUGAUGUUCCUUCUCUUUGAACAUGAAGAUGAAUUUGAAGUAGUACUCUGUGUAAUCGCAAUUAAGUAGGACCAUGAUUGAUUCACUUGAAGUACUUGUACACCUAUCAUGCUAUUACUCACGCCUUUUCCCCUUAAUAUGGUCAGAGGCUUUGCUGCAAAUCUUGAUUGGCUUUUGCGCGUAAAACGGCGAAGGUUUAGGUCCAGCGACGCUCAAAGCACUUAAUUAAACAGCCGGCUUGUUUUCCUCUUUCUACUUUUAGGCUAUCCCUUGAUGCAAAUUAUUCAUGCAUCCCCUAUGCGAUUCAUGCGCAUGCCUUUUCCUUUAUUGUUUGAAUUAUCUCCUAACUUUCGUGGUGCAGCGAGUGUAUCCUAGCGGUGCAGAGAAUAUUGGAGCAUGGCAAAGUAUUUUCGCUGCGAUAGCAACAAUGGCGGUUAUAGUAAAUUACGGCGACUAGCAUUUGGAGAUAUCAGCGACUAGUAGUUUUUAGUUAUACAGGUCUUGAAGAUAUUAUCUACGUCGUUUAUUGAUUUUGAUGAUGUGGCAUCUGCUUAGCAGGGCGGCAAUCAAACUUGUAUGUAUGACCAUCCUCCAGUGGUCUCGGUUUUGUCUGGCCUUCUAACUCGAUGCUUUUCAUUUGCUAAUGAUUGAAACUUGAUGUGUUACACUUUCAACCUAAACGAACCACUCGGCUCUCAUCUAAGUUCACGCAGGGCUAGGCGUUUUCGCAAUGUCUCCAUUUCGAGAGUUGGACGCACAGACAAAGCUCUGCGGUUUCCUCAUAUUUGAACACGUUCUUAUCUUCGCAAAAAUACUAGUGGAAGUGGCGAUUCCGGAUGUACUUACUUGAUUGUUGCUGAUUGUUUUUGGAUGGAGGUUUUUAGGAAAACGAAAGCGGAUUUGUUUUUGGAGUGUGAUUGUCUGCGUCGCAGGUUUCUUGUGCGACCGAGACUUAGACGAGUGAUUUUAUUGUCUAUGUAGCUCUAUUUGAUCAUAUUUAUCGAAAUCAAAUUUGAUAAUGAUAUCGAUCUCCACACGACCCUCCCACUUUACUCAGCUGCCUGCCCAGGUGGACAAAGCAGAGGACAAGCAAGAAGUGGCCAUCCAGAAGAUGUUUGGUGGCGGCUUCAAGCCUGUACAUGUGGAGAAUAAGUUAACACCACAUUAGCAUUACUUUCUUCACUAGCAACAUUCUAGACUUCUUGUCUUCCAAUAGCAGUAGGAAAGAAGUCAGGGUUGAUGUUUGUUUGAGAAAGUGCAAAAAUGUUGCUGCAACCUCAUCUAACUAAGAGUCUACCGACAAAGGGUGACCUUGCGCUUGUCGGUGCAGAUGGCGACGCGCUUACGUCGAGCACCGGGGGUGGUCGUUAUACACCUUUUCAUCUCUCGCAAGCCGGAAAAAUAUGGCUCUAAGUAGAAGGAAUGAAAACGAACAAGAUUCGUGCGACAGAUGUAGCCCUUGUAUCCGACACAACCACGUGCUUGCGUAUUUGAAGAACGUAGGUAAUACUGCGUGCUCAUUCAAAGUCAUAUUUUUCCCAUAUUGCAUACAACUGUUCUUGCUUCAUUACACACCGCGGCGCAACCCAAAGCAGCUGGCCUGACAGCAGUGAAGGCGCCACCAGCGAAAGCGGCAGGAGCGAAGUAGAGACGCUUAAACACGAGUCCGCGCGUCCUCUCCGUGUCGGAUCCAAUUUUAGACACGAGAUUGAGAUGUUGUUGAGCAUCAAGUAUUGACUUGAGUGACUCCUUCAGCUAAUAGAUGCUUCAUCAGUUUUUACCAUCAAAAGCAGAUCAAGUAACUUAUGUCUAUCAAGCACUAACUUCUCUAACAGAUACUCACAUAGAUGAAUUUAUUUACUUUUGCUUUUGCUUUCACCUAGUACACCUACUUCAAAACAACGUACUUCUUUCUAAGUAUGUCCAUAGAUAUCCACCAGUCACAAAGAUAUCGAACACCAGCCGUUCCUAAACAAGAGACAAGGAAGAUGGAUCAAAACGACGAAUAUUUCUAUGCGUGGGAGUCCAAGACUCCUUUGUCAAGGCUCCUUGAACAGAGUGCAACAGAACAAGAGUCGCGACUAAGUAGAAUAUAACCAGCUCGAUGCCGAUUUCCACCAAUUAUAAGUAUCUAUAAGAGGACCCAGCGUUGGGAGGUACGUAUAUCCACCUCUUCAUCAUCUCCAGCAUAUAGAAACCUUUAGAACGCGGUCUUCACGCCUCCAUGGUCGUAAUGUUGUUCCACUUGUUCAAGAAGUGAGGAUCUUCGUCAGAAGAUGUCGAAGACGAGAAGGGAAAAGUGAUGCGAACCUAAUAAAUAUUAAGUUCUCUGCCUUAAUAGGUUUAAUCAUUGGUCUGUGUUCAACAAGGUAAAUUACCACGAGUGAGACGAGAUCCUCUAGUACUCAGUUGUUGACGUUAUGGUCGACAUGGUGGCAACAGUCAGAUGUCCAUUCACAUUCUUUUGUCACAUAAUCAAGAGGAAGAACCAGCUUACGCUAUGAGUUCCAAUCUCCCUCUACUUUCUUCCAUUUAAUAUAGUAGCAUUAACACUAGGACUAGAUAAGAAUAAGUACGCAUUUGGUGAAAAUAAAGCACUCUGAUCGAUGUUUGUGAUUUACUCUUCUGCAGGAAGGGGAGAUGUCGCUCAGCGUCAAAAGAUACCUCCAGAACAGGUA